CUGAGUAAAUAUAAUAGUGUAGUGUAGCUUAGAUAUGAGCUUAUUUACAGGUUAGCCGUCAGUACGUUUCGCCUCGCUGUGUGUCCGCCUGUGUGUGCGUCCUGUCGGCCGUGUACGUCGGGACGAGCCGGGGAGCACCGUCCAUGAGCCGCAGACACAACUUCCAGCUCGUGUAGAAGAGUCGGCGCGGCGCUGCAGGGAACGGACUAUGUCGGCUAAUAAAACAAAGAAAGUCAAAAUGGCUACUAAAUCUUGUCCUGAGUGCGACCAACAGAUUCCAGUUGCGUGCAAAUCCUGCCCGUGUGGGUAUGUGUUUAUUAGCAGAAAACUGCUAAAUGCCAAGUUAACGGAGCGCUCUCCAGCCAUAGCAGAGAAGCUGGACUUGAAACGUAGGAGGACAGAGCGCAUUCGCCGUGAGCGGAUCGACUCUCCUCUAACCAGUGACAUGGAGAACAGGAGAAGGUCCCGAGCCAACAGCCAGUCAGAUCCAAUCCGCAGGGGCCGGGGCAGACCAAAAACAGUGGGGCUGAAGAAACCGGACGAGGAGAAAGAGAAACAAGAGAAGGAGGUGGAUAUUUACGCUGGUCUCUCUGAUGAAAAGGCCUUUGUGUUUUCUGUGGCCUUGGCGGAGAUCAACCGCAAGAUCCUGGGUCAGAAACUCAUCUUAUAGAUGAAACAAUGGAAAAACUUGAGAAACCCAGCACACAGGACCUACUGUAGGAAAUCUUUUAAUGAGGACGACCAAAGAGGACAGAACUGGAUGGAGCUAAACUUUAACCUGGACUUGCUUCACAUGGAUAAUGAUGAAGACGAUGUUUUUUUUUUUACAAGAUUCAAAAGAUACUGUCAUCGAUUCCUGCUAUGUGCAGUACACAGCAUGUGUUUAAUAUAAAUACGUAUAGACUCUGUCAGGUCACUUUAUUUUAUAUACAUUUUUCUUCAUUGUGAGUGCUGAUGUUUAAAGUCAGAGAACGCUGCAGUCAACUCAUGGCAGUGUCCAUAUUUCCUUCAGUGAUACAGAAAUUCUUUUUCUGAGACUGUGAGGUUCUGCCUAUGUAGUGAAUGUGUUGAUGACCACAGCAGAAUGCCAUAUAUAAUGUGAUGCUAUCACAAUAUACUGUAUGUAUUAUAAACACAACAUACAACCUGAAUAGGGCAGGCUGUCUGGGCUCAAACAUCAUUCCUUACGAAUAGUUUUUAAAUCGUCUCAUCCUAGUGUUUUUUAUUAAUUAAUUAAUUAUUAUUUAAUUAUUAUAUGGACUCAUCCUGAACAACCAAACCUUUAUUUGUUAAUAGAAUGAACGGUUGACCAGAGACCAAGAGUGGGAUAUUAUAUAUAUAUAUAUAUAUAUACAUUAAGCAAAAACCGCAAGAAUUCUAUCUGCCAUGUUUUGUGUGGUUAUAACUGCUGAUUUGUUUGAUUCUCUACGAGUAUGGCUCAUCUCAAACCUAUUGAUAAAGUUUAUUGAAAGGGAUUUGACAGGUUUGUAGCUUAAAAAUUGUUCAGUGGUCAAGAGAUGCUUUGUAUUUCGCAAGAGACAUAACCACACAGUUGUGGCUUUUUAGCCUAGUUUUAGAAAAUUCUUUAAUUACCCACAGCAGUUUUAAAUCUACUUUUUAGUCUGGCUUGCUUUCAGGUUUAGUUUCAUCUCAGGGAAAGGUAAGGUAAAAUAAACAGAACAUACUCUCUGGUUCUGUGGGUCAAAUCCAGCUGGGGAUGUGGAGAACUGUGAAUAAAAGAAAAAGUGAUCCAACAACUCUAUCUACAAUCAAGCCGACCUCUGGAUGUAAAUUUGAAUCUAAAAUAUCUUAAAGAAGGCGCCUGAUAUGACUCAGAAAAGAAUGAUAUUAUUUUGGGGAAUGGCACAAUGUUACCCAGGCUACCCACCACUUUAUAAGCAGUCUAGUUAUCUACACAGGGCUGUGAGAAUAACUCAACUAAUAGUUUGUUGAAUUUUAAAAGAGCUGAGAUUAUCCAUUUAGACCAAAUAUAACACACCACUUAGUAAGCAAUUCAGGGAACGAUUAAAGAAAAAAACUACAUGUCCCACAAUUUCAUCAUCUCAAAAAUGUUAAAACCUAAAUUCUUGUCAAUAGUAUUAAGCCUCUACAGCAGAAAGUAUUUUCACAUUUAAUCCCUUAAUGUAUCACAGUUCAUUAUUUAAUAUUUUUGUCAUGGUUUUUGUUAAAGAGGUAACAUGUAAACCCCAACUGUCACUUUCUUUUGUUGAACACUUCAGUAAUAUGGUGAAUAUACUCUCACUUGGAGGUACUGUGGUCAAUAAAGUUUUCUUUAAAGAAAAUGGAGGUUGUUCGGUCUGAAUGAAGACAAACUACUAUAGGUGUGGUACAGCCCAUUCUUAUAGGCUGGACACUAAGACAGGAAGCAGGUUACUGUAGUGACUAUGGCUACUUCUGCUAACUCAACGUUGUGCCACAUCCCCAAAAUCAGUGAGUGAGUGGUUGAUCCAUCUGUCAGGUUUGAGUUUGAGAUGAAGUUACACUGGUCGGCCAGGGAUUUAAACAUUGUUGUUAUUUCCCUUCCCUACAGGAUACAUAUUCAUCAUCAUAAUAAUAUAUUUGAUGUAUUUAGCACCUUUCAUAACACAAAGUCAUCAAUGUUCUUGUCCUGUCAGGCCUAACAUGCAGACUACAAAAAAUGUUUUAUUUGAUAUAUUUCAGAUCAUAAUAAAGUACAUCAACAAGUAUAUAUGAUGAAGUGGAAAGGAGGAUGAAACACUCAAUGUAUAGAUACAUUUUACUAUGUAAGAUGUUUCAUGCUAAACCAUUGAAUGAGAAAAAUAGUUUUGACUGCAAAAUGAAAAAAAACAACUUUAGACAAAUAAGUAAAUUAUACACUCAUUCAAACUAAUAAACAUUAAAUAGAUGGGACCAGUCUGAGGCUUUACAGUUAUUAUAGUUAUAUAUAUUACAACUACAUAGUGUAAAUGUUUGGAAGCAAAGAAUAUGUAAUGUUAAUAAUAAUAUGCAGGCUAAAUGAAAGCCUCGUCCACUGUUGGACGUUGAUCAAACAAACACAUAACACAGAAUCUGCAAAACAACAAUUCUGGUUCUAAGAUCAAACUUCUUCAAUAAGAAGCUACACAUUUGCCUGUGUUAUGGAUGUACAGAAAUAUUUUUAAUACAAUUCCCAUGGAGCUAAAAACAUUAUUAGUCUUCGGUAAAAUUAAAUAGCUUAAUUAGAAAUGAAUUCUCUAUAAAAUAUGUAAUUAAAUUUCUCAUACUUCCUUUCCUCACAGAGGUGUUCUUUCUGUCAGGUCCAUUGUUAAAGAAUAUAGAAGCAUGGCUGUUAAUAUCUGUUUCUCUUAUGUGAUUAUUUGUAUUUGUAUUUUUUUAUUGUUUUAUUUUGAUAUCACUUACAUUGUUUUACCUCCUGUUUUGGGAAUGGUUGGCCCUGUGUGUUCCACCUGAAUCUGGUGAUCCCAUCUGUUCAGUCUCUGUGCUCCCAGUCUCUCUCUGCCUGUCUGUUCAGCUCCUCAGUGUUUCUUCCUCCUGCUGUUCUGUUCCCUGUACUUUACAUCACACAAUGAGGCAGGGCAGACCUGUGUUUUUUACAGCAGACUGCCAAAGCACUUCACAGCAGAGACACGUGAUAGGUUAGAAUUUGUGGGCAGACCGCAAUAAAUAGGGGUUUGUAUUAAAGUGGGUGCCACAUCAUUUAAUCAUAUAAAACCGAGGACAAAGCCUUUUCACGAGAUACCAGACAAUGUUCAGAAAGUGACCCUGUCUACCUUUACCAUGACGUUAGACACGUUCAACGAUGAAAAAAGUGCUGUGCAGCUGUACAGAGAUAUGAUAUACAGAAUCUCCCCCCCUCAUUUCCAACAAUUCCUCUGCAUCUGGCAGUCCCAUCACGUUGGACUGCUUUACAAAGCAAGGGUUUGGCAUACAGGCAGUGGCGGACUGAUUCCUUUACCUUUCGACCUGUACGUUUAGCGCUGACGCCGUUCCAGGGUCUGUUGAAGGAAGGACAUGUUUUAAACAAUUCUAUCACUAAUAUGCCUGAAAUAGCACUGAAUGAGUGUUCAAAGGAAGUAACCGGCUGGAUUAGACUGAUAACUGACAGGAAAGUUGGGAUUUCUAUCAAAAAAAAAAUGCUACCGCUACGAGUAAAUGACAUAACUUAUGUAACCAGUCCUUUAUGCAAGGCUAAAUGUUUUACUUUGUUUUUUUGGAAUGUACUCCAGUCUAGACAUGGAACCUAAUCAGUUCAGUGACUGUCCGUGAGUGGCAUAGAAAUAACUUGCCAUGUGGAACAUCAUUACCUGGUCAAGCACUACCACAAGAGGUCAGCCAAGAUCAGCCUGAGCAGCCCUUCAAUCCAUUUGGUGUGGAAAUGAAAAACUCAUACAUUUAAAUCUGGAAUAGCUGAGCACGUUAACAUGUAAACUCUUCAUGGUGUGAUUCGGUUCACUACCUCUUGAAUUGCAUAGCUUUCUGCUUUGCUGUUAAUGUAGAAAAUGUAGUAGAUUAAAGGUAUAAGGUAACAUACAACAGAACUAGACAGAAAUUAAAUUCACUGUGAGUUCAGUAGUUGUCAUGCUCUAAUAACCUAAUCCUAAUUAACAAUACUAAUAUUGAUUUAAUACUAUGAUGCUACUAGCUUCUUACACACAACUUAAAUGUGCUAUAUGUAAGUCUACUGUGACCAUGGUUUCUUGUUGGGGGUGUGGAGUUUGUGGUGGUGGUCACUUUCCGAGAGCUUCAGCCCAUGAUCCCUGUGGGCCAAAUAUAUAUUUAGUGACUUUUUUUAGCAAUUUUAAAAAAAGGUCAAAUUUGCCCUGGUUGUAUCUGUUUGUAAGGAUUGCCUCAGCCUCGAUCGGACCUCUGAAUUCUCUGAAUGCCAAGUCCACAAGUUGUGAUGUUUUUGCAAAGUUUUCUGACCUUGUUGAAGCCACAGAAGUUUAUUUUCCAUUAUGUUGUGGAUAAGCCUCUUUUAAUUUCUGUUAUUUUAUGUCUGAGGAAAAUGCUGAAAUUCCCAAAUGCCUCAUCAUUUCCUGUCAUCAUGCUUUUGUAUGUCCUGCAAUAAGUUACCCGCCUGCUAGCUUGCUCGCAUAUUGUAGUUGCGGAGAAGUUGUAACUUUCCUUCAGAGUGUAUUGUAAUGAAAGGAUAGGAUUUUGAUCUGUUAUUUUAGUGGUCUGAUGUUUAUCCUUAGCAUCAGCUCUGGUCAGCGCUAAUAUCUGUGAAUAUAAAAACUCCAAGGUCUCAAUACAGAGUGUCAACACUGUUUUUAAUCUGUCUAAUCAAACAUUUAUUUAUUAUGCAUUCAGCUUUUCCUUCAGACAAAUUGGCAGCAACAAAAAUAUUUCAGCUCUGAGCCUAAAUUUUAUGAUCCAAAAGGAAACGCUACAGACAAUAAAGCCAGCCGUAAAACCCCAAAGGGCUUGUUGAGAUAACCUCUGCUCUCAACAAGCAAGGGAUGAUCCUCACAUCUACAAAUAAACUGGAGCAAAUUUCCAUAAAAGUCAUUGUUUGGAAAAACUGAAGUGAAUAUUCAAACUCUAAAAGGUUACUUUCUCCAAUAAGACAGCUGGUAAAUUAGCAUAGAGACUAAUAACAGCAUAUGACCAGUAAACAAGGCGGCAUAUGUAGAUAACAAAAUUACAGACAGACAAUAGAUACAAUUAAAAAAGCGACAGUAGAGGAAAUCAAAACAUGUUGCAUAUUCACACCAAACAACCCUGUUCUCUCUAUUCUACUUUACUAUCCACAUCUACUAGCCUGACAUUCUUUACACCCGAAGUCGGCGGGGAAGAGAAUGGAUGUAAGAAAUUCACGAGAACAACUAUCAGCAGUAUAAUGACACUCUAACAUUCACUCGUGUUUGGUGAUCUUUGUGUUGAAGUCCAUCUCUUCCCUUUAUCCCACUGGAGAUCCAGGUUUUUCACUCCCUCAGUCAACCUGGGCCCGCCCUUCCUCCCUGCUAGUUGUAAGGCUUUUUCAGGUCUGCAGUAUCGUCCACACCCUCCCACACUCCUUCCACAGAAAUACCCUUGUUUGCUCUUUGAAUUCUCCACCAGCCCCUCUCUCCUCCCUGCUGUGAGUUUGUUCACACAUCACUGUCUGUCCUACUGGCUAGAAUAGAUAGUUAUAAUAAUAACGACCAACAGCCAUGAUAUCUGAUGUGCUAAAGGUAAUAGUAAGGCAAGUGCUUAAGCGGUUGAAGCUAAAGGUAGACACCGAUUAGAGUGACACUGAAGUGCAGGCCUUCCAUCUCAGAGCAGCAUUCUGUACAUACUACCCUCUUAGGCCGCCGUCUCCGAAAUUGCAUCUAACAAUUCUUUCAUUUUCGUGUCUCGUGACUGAAGGCUGACACUUGUCAAUCUGCAUUUUGUGGACAUUUGCACAUUGUGAAUAAUGAUAGUUUCUGUUAAUCUCUAAGGUUAUUUUUAACAAGAAAGUAUAUUUAAAUCACAGCCCAGCUGAUAAAUGUUCUUGGACACCGAUGAGGAGAGCUCCACUGUAAAAAGCUCCUGAUUCACUCAGUGACAUGCUGAGCCCUCUUUGAAAAUGUACUGAUAUAGUUGAUCCUAAAUAGCUCUAGUCUGAUAGAAAUGUAGCUAUAGUCUGAUGUUUGGUCAUUAACCUCUGGACAAAGUAAAAUGAUAACCAGGGCAGGACCAGGAUAAUUAUUUGAAUCUAACAUCCACAUGUUGACAACACUGUUACUGUUCUCUAAAUAUAUUUUCUGUUUUCUGUUUAUGCUAGUGAUGCAGUGCUUAAUUAAUCACAUACAAAUAAAUUGAUUUAAAAAGAAAAUCCCUUCUCUCAGUCUUGUCCUUGAGUAAAAUGAUUACUCCAAACAAGCAGGGGGCAGUAUAUUAUGCUGUAAAAGUAAAAUAAAAAGCCCUUAGGUGCAUUCUUCUUUGUGAUGGUCAGACACGCCAUCAGACACAUUGGGACAAAUCCUGCUGGGCUGUUGUUUUGGCUCACAAGCCAAUAAGAUCUAAUGUCUGCAUUAAGAAAUCUAACCUCAGUUUAGGGCACUUGCUAACUUGUUACUAUCCUGAAUGGUUUUUUUAUUUAAUGGGUGCUGAGAGUAAAUGGCUGAUACACUGCUACAGAGCCUUCUCACAGCUAUAACCUCUUCCUCUUCUCGUGUUGGACUGAGGGAAGACUGAAUCACUGUCACCUCUAGAGGUAUGAAGUGGUAUUAGGGAGACAGUGACCGGAUGAGCCAAGGCUAUCUGGUUAGCAUGCUAACUUAUUUAUAUUUAAUUUCUGGUUUGGGGUGUUUGUUUUGCACCUGGCAUUUUCUCUGAGUGAAAAUACAUUUUAUUAUGAAUGUUUUUAAAACUGUCAUGUCAGCAAUCAGCCCCACUAAUCCAAAAGUCAAUGGAGUCAGUGUAUAAACCCAGUCAAACCCUAACACACACACAGAUAUAUUUGGGGGGGGGAACCACGUAAAUGA